CACUGUCGUGGACAAAGCAAUGGCCGCAUAGUAGUAAAACCUCAUAUAAACCUUAGCAACGAAUAUUUUUGUUACCUAAUCGAAUUGAAAACUGUUUCAGCAAUUGUGUUCCAUGAUUUCUUUUUCACAAAAAUCUAUACAAUACGAUCUGCGUAGCAAAUUUGUGACAGGCAAUUUUGGUAUUUUUAAAAUAUGACUCGAUAUACAAGAGCAAAAGGUUCUAAAGCUUCUAAUGAAAAAAUACCCAAUGACGCUACACCAUGGCAUGUAAUGAAAGAACAAUUAGUUGAAAAUUUAUGUAAAAAGCAAGAACCCUCGGAAAAAACUAAAUCAGUUGAAGAAUUAUUAGAAGAAAAGCAAAAUACAGUUACUAAUAAUAAUAUUGAACAUGCCCAUAGUUCAUGGGCAGAAUUUCCAAAUAAUACUAAUAAUACUAAACAGAGAAAUAAUUUAAUAACAAAUAAAGCCAAGAAAAUACAAAAGACAGAAUUGAACAAAAUAAAAACAAAUCCAAAUAUAUUAUUUGAUAAUCAUGAAAAUAAUACUGAUAUUAAUAAAUUAAUUGACAAAUUAAAUGUAAAAAGAAAGAAAGAUAAACAUAAUACUCCAGAAAUAAAUAAAAAUAAAAAUGAUACAGUAAUUGAAAUGGAUGGAUUACAAAAUGAAAAAGAUACAUUUUCUAAACGUCAGAAACGUAAUAUGAAGAGGAAGAAAAGUUUAAAUAAAAGCACAUCUGAUAGUACAGAAAAUAAUAUUAAUAAUGAUAUUAUGUUACAAGACAUAAAUGACAGUAAAAGUAAAAGUGAUGGAACUAAUCAAACAACAAGGUUUGAUGAAAACUUUGUGACUAAAUCACAGAAUUUUGGGAAUAUUCCAAAUAAAUUUAAUAUGAGAAAAUUUAAUAAUCAAAAAACAAAAAGAAAACCACCUAAAAUUCGAGAUGAUAAAGAACACAAAAGAAGGAAACCUGAUUUAGGUUCUUCAAAAAUAAUGAUCAAUGGUAUAGAGGUAGAAAUUGUAAAAUUUGAUGGAUUUCCAAUAAAAAAGGAAGAUGCAGAUAGGCUGACUGAUUUAAAACAGAAAAUGAUUAUGAAAGGCAUUCCACAGACAGAAAUAAAUGCAGCAAUGAAACUAGAGAGAAGGAAAGCUGAGAAAGCAUUAGCUAGAAUAAGGAAAUGUGUUUGUUUCCAUUGUCGUAAAGCUGGACACAAUUUAUCUGAUUGCCCUGAGCUUGGAUCAGAACAAGCAGGAACUGGAAUCUGUUUUAAAUGUGGAUCAACAGAACACACGCAUUUUGAGUGUAAAGUAGCUAAGCCAACAGAAUUUAGAUAUGCAACUUGCUUCAUUUGCCGUGAACAAGGACACAUAGCUAAACAAUGCCCUGAUAAUCCCAAAGGAGUUUAUCCUCAAGGAGGUGCCUGUAAAAUUUGUGGAGAUGUUACACAUUUAAAAAAAGAUUGUCCAGAUUUGAUUAAAGAAAAAGAAGAAAAUACUAUUACAGUAAAUACAAUUGCAAAUGAUAAUUUAGAAUCCUUAGAAGAAGACACAAAUAGAAGAAAUAUAAAAGAUAAUAAAAAAACUAAAAACAUAGUCAAAUUUUAA